AUGGGCGAUAGUGAGCAGGUUGAGUGGACGUUUAUGAAAUUAUACCUUACCGAUAUUGGAAAAGCUCUUUCAGGAAAAUCUGGAACACGGAUGUCGAAGAAAAGUAGGUGGCAUGCUAAUGUAUCAACACAUACCAAAAUGUUAACGUCACCAGCUAGCUAUUUGCUGCUUUAUGUUUCAGCAAAGGCAGUAGCGUUAGCUAGCAUAGCCAUUCACAAGUUUUGCAAGUACAGUUUUAAACGUACAUCGUCUAGGGGUUCAAGCAGCGCGAGCUUGCUAUGCCUGAUGCCACUGGGCACAUACUGGUUGAAUCAACGUUGUUUCCACGUCAUUUCAAUGAAUUGGCGUUGAACCAACGUGGAAUAGACGUUUAAUUUACCUCUGCACAGUGGGAUUGUUUCCACUAGUUACCACAGCCACAAAGUCAAAAUGGGCUGUAUCGUUAAAAUAUAUCAAAACCAAAAUGAGCUUUUUGGUCUUCAUUUAAGGAUAGGAUUAGGCAUAUGGUUAUCAGUGUGGUUAAGGUUCACAAUCACAUUUUAAGAAGAUACAUUGUAGAAAUUAUGACUUUGUGGCUGUAGUAACUAGUGACGACCCAGUGGGCUAGAACAGCACAGAAGCGGCAAAGGCUACAUAUGAGAAAUAACAAUAGAGCCCCACAGUGGAGGUGUCAUAAUACCCAUACAACCUAGCGGUCAAACAGGGAAAUGGUUCCAAUCAUUUUUCACAUAAGGGAUUUUAGAAACACCUAAAAUAAGGGCUGUGUUUCGUGUAGGCUUACCCUAGUGUGACGUUUUGAUAACCAUGUAAGUCUCUCUCGGACAAGGUGACUUCUUUCACUAUAUUUGGCUCUAUUUACUCUCAGAUUCGAAAAUGCUAAUUAGCAUCAAAGUAGAUGUCAUGCAAGACUACAAAUCCCUGCAAGCUCCUCCACAUCAUCUCUAGCAGACAACUUUGCUAACAGCUAUUGUUUCAAUUUAAAACUUGCACAAAACAGUUCACAUAAUUGACAAUUUAAAGAAAUGUAGCAAAUGUAUUAAUUACUACAUUUAGCUAACAUUAGAUAGAUUUUUAACUUUGCCUCGAUUCGGCGGUCUUGUCCAGAUCAUCAAGGCAUUUGUUGUUCUUUAUGAUAGCCACAUAAGCAGCAAAUUAGCAUUUCAUUUUUGGGGGUAAAUACAGGUGACUAUUUUGAUAAAAGUCACCUUGUCCUAGAGAGAUUUACACGGUUAUCAAAACAUCACGCCAGGGUAAGCCUACAUGGAACACAGCCCUUAUUUUCAAUAAAAAAAUAUGGUAUGCGGUAAACACAGGCUUAGGAGAUCUUAUACAUUUUGUUCUAUGUGAUCAUGUUCAUUGUCACUUUUUAUGAAUUUUGAAGCAUUUAUGUAAUUAAAAAAGCACAUAAAGGCUUCAUAAUGAAUAAAGGUAAUGAUCACUGACUGAUAUUAUCUCAUAGAACAAAGCGUAUAACAUCUCCAAGCCUGUGUUAACCGCAGACCUUAUUUUGGGCAUUUAUCCCAAAACCCUAUUUUUUCCCCCAUUAAUUUUCCCCAUAGGUAUGGCUGAACGAACCAGCGGUAACUCAUUUCCGUUUUUUAGGACUACAAGCUGGCGAGCUCUAUAGGGUCUGGUUCCAGCAGAUCCCUUCUCACGCCACAGACGCUGUGAGACAUAUGAGAUGAGACAGGAUGUCGAAUGGUGCCAGAUAGGAUGGUGCGUUACCACCACCAACAGCACAGGUGGUGAAAUUACAUUUAGAAUUUGAAGAUAGGUACUUGCUAGUGUGUACUAGCUAGAGUGUCUGUGUGACAGGUUAAAGGACAUAUUCAUAGCCUGUUAUACACUAAAAAGUAUUAGUAAGUUCAUGGUAUGUAAGGAUCUUAAAAUAUCUAAGGUUAAAAAGAUCAUGCAUUCAGUACUAGUUCAUAGAGAUUGAUAAAAUUCAUAAUUGUGUUAAAAUCCGUCAAGUGUAAAAGGGUAAAUAUUGUGAGAGGAAUGUGUAAACGUUAUAUUGACUACUUUAUUUUGUGGUGCCUAAUUUAAGGGUAAAAGUAGUAAUCUGUGAUCUACUAAAUGCUCUUAAUCUAUGAGCCUGUGAUCGAUUGCUCUGGUCUCCACCCAACUUUCCGGGGAAAUCGCGGUCUUUUUUCCUCAUUAUACUAAAGUUUUCAGUGAGGAAACAUAACUGCAUCACUCUCGUGAUUAUUUCUCCCCUUUUUCAGGGACGUAACAUCUGCUAGCUAGGUAGCGUGUACUAGCUAGCUAGUGUGUACUAGCUAGCUGCACAAGCAGCUGCACAAGCAACAGUGGUUAACAUAAUGCCCUGGACCAGAGCUGGUGUGCCGACUUGUAUGCGCGAUACACGAGACCAACAAACGUCAACAGGUUGCGAGCGCACAUACCAUUUGAGAUGCAAAAAUACCAUCUGAGACUCUUGCGCUUUGAGGUUUGCAGACCACACGGCGUCAGCACGCAUAAUCUGCAGCUGGAUGCUUCUCAGAAAUAAUCAUUUUGAUUCCAACCACACACAUCUGGGGCGUAUUCAUUAGGCCGAUUCUGUUGAAAAAAGUUUUCCCAAUGUUGGACAAAUUCCGGUAGGUCCCUCCCCGUUUUGUUAAGUUUGCUUCCGUUUAAGAAAUGUUUUGCAACAGAAUCUGCGUAAUGAAUAUGCCCCUGAUCAACCCUAGUGGGUCUAAAGCCUAAAUUAGUACAUAAUAACUUCAUUAGGGAUUCUUGUUACGGACUGUUUCCAUACAAUUAUCGUUUGAAAACCUAAUAAACAUUAGAAAUAAUAAAACAUAUUUAGUCCAUAGAAACUAAAUUUGGUAUUUUAUUCUACUUUACACACAAUGCUGUCUCUCCACCAUGGAGCUUAUACUCAUUAAAUCAUAUCUUCAAUAACAAUGUAAAACAACAAAUACAUAAAAAAAAACCUGUAUUGAUGGAGAUGUUCCAGAAAUAAUCUUAGAAUGAUAAUGUUUUAACAACUUUAGCCUUAUAUGGGAAUUAUAAAAAUGAAGUGGUUGUUAAAAAAGUAAUAAAACCUCACCCCUCUUUUUCUCACAGAACCGGCUGCCUAUCAUGAAGAACAACAGACAGGGGUGACACCCCCUCAAAGGUCUGAGAGCCAGCUGAGAACUCCCCAGAGAAACUCCCAGUGGCAAAGUCCCAGGACGCAUUCUAAGCACCUGAAAGAAGAAGAGAGGGGCUUUUCUCCCGUGUCUGGGUCUGGAGAUGAGAGCGACAAGGAGGCCUCCCCACCAAAAAGAAGGACCACAAUAAGCAGCUCCAAAAAGACAAGAACCAAGUCUCACUCAAAGGAUUAUGAUGAGUGUUCUGGGUCAGAAUCUGGCGAGCAGCCAGAGGAGAGCACAAAAAGAAAAAGGACUAAUACUUGCUGUAAGGAGGAGGAUAAUGACAACUUGUCAGACAAACCAACUGUGGUGGCUUCCCCCAGAAACAGGAGCAGGCAACGUAGUGACUUCAAUGUAUUUGAAGCAGAGGCUGAACCAUAUAAUACUCUGUCUGAGCCUGAGGUGGAGGUAGUUGUGGAGGGGGAGACUGAAGUGGCGUCUGUUUCUAAGAGGUGGAAACAGUGCAACCCCCCAAAAAUAACUAAGCCUCGUGCCGAGGACAAAGCUGAGAGUGACCAUUAUGAGUUGGUAGAACAGGCUGAAGAAACUCGCAUUAGAAAGAAACUUAGCAAGUCUAAAAAGGUAAGACCCAGGACUCCCUCUGAAGACGUGGGGGAAGUUGAAAGUGACCACUUCGAGAUGGAAGAACAUGCUGCAGCUGAAGACACUACCCUCAGAAAAAGACAGAGGAGGCCUAAGAAAUCUAUAAAGAACAGAUCCAAGAGUCCUUCCAAGAAGGCCAGCGAUGCAGAGAGUGAUGGUGUAUCAGGCAAACAUGUUUCCAAGACUCUGUCUAAGGACUUACAUGAAGAAGAGAGUGACCAAGAUGCUGAGACUCAGUCUAAGAACCUAAGUGAGGAGAGUGACCAAGAUGCUGAGACUCAGUCUAAGAACCUAAGUGAGGAGAGUGACCAAGAUGCUGAGACUCAGUCUAAGAACCUAAGUGAGGAGAGUGACCAAGAUGCUGAGACUCAGUCUAAGAACCUAUGUGAGGAGAGUGACCAAGACUCCCAGACGGAGCCUAAAGACUUAAUUGAAGAGUGGCACCGCUCUGACCAUCCAAAGGAGGAGACAGAACAGGAGGUGUUGCCUGCAAAGAGAAAAAGAGGACCAAAGAGCAAGAAGACAGUGAAGUCAGAUUCCAACUCUGACUCUGAAAAUGUCACUGUUAAAAAGAAAGGCAAAAAGCAAGGUGCCACGGGUUUGAAGGCACCAAGAAUAAGAUUCAGACCACCUAUAGAGAAAAAGAUAAGGGUGAAGAUACUUCAUAUUUGCAGUUUCUGUGAAAAGGUCCUGCCGAACAGGGAUGCGCUGAGUAGGCACCUUCAGCGUCACACAGGGGAGAAGCCUUACCACUGUGAA